AUGAGAGCAUCAGUCAUCAGAGACCAAUGGCUGGAAUCUGUAUGGUUUUUGCAGCAGGUGGGCUAGGGAGGUUUUCUAGUUAUAUAUAGGUGCAAGUGUAGCCAAAUUUUGCCAUCACUUCUCAGGGAGGAGACCAGUGAUAAAAUCACAUGACAGUGAUAAGAUCCAAGAAAAGCAACUUUCAAUGGCUGCAUGCUUUCUUUCUCAUUCUCUCUGUUUACUUUCUUCUGUCAUGAGGAGUUAAAGGCUCGUCUAGGCCUUUGAGAUAUUUGAUAAAUUGUGCCAAAAUUUUGGUGGAGAUGUACUGGAAACUCUAUUUAAUUCUGCGGAAGGACUUGCAAAUUGCUCUGAAGAAAAAUUGACAUUCUGGAUACGGAGAUUUGUUUCUGACCAAGCGUUAGCUGUGGCUUUCUCAAAUAUCCUUAUAAUGUGGCAAUGAUAUCUUUAUGAGUUCUUUGAAUUUUUCUCUUUCCAUUUGGUUCCUUGACUAUUCUUACUUCUUCAUUCAUUCAUUUUAUUAGCUCAGGCAAUUACCCUAUCAACUUGCAUUGUUGCUCAUAAUAAUGCCUUGUUUGCUUUGUUGGUAUCCAAUAACUUUGCUGAGAUAAAAAGCAAUGUCUUUAAGCGUUUUAGCAAGGAUAAUAUUCAUAGUCUGGUAUACUCUGAUUCAGUAGAGAGAUUCCACAUUUCAGCAUUUCUCCUGUUCGUUUUAGCUCAGAAUAUCUUGGAGGCUGAAGGACCUUGGUUUGAAAGUUUCAUUUAUAAUGCACUAGUGGUUUUUCUUUGUGAAAUGUUGAUUGAUAUCAUAAAACAUUCAUUCCUUGCCAAAUUCAACGGAAUAAAGCCCAUUGCAUACUCUGAGUUUCUAGAAGACCUCUGCAAGCAGACUUUAAACAUACAAACAGAGGAUGGCAACAAAAACCUUACUUUUGUUCCUGUAGCACCUGCUUGUGUUUUGUCAACAUGAGAGGCAGAGCUGAAUGAUAUUGGACUAACUCCACUUCCCAAUAGAGUAUAGAAGUUGUUAGGCUAUAGUUUUAUUGAAAAGUUGAAAACCAUUAUAUGCUGGCCACUAUAGUGAAAGUCAAAAUGGUCCACAUUGAUUUUUGUACUUAACCAUUUCCUGGUACAGUUCUAUUUUCAGUCCCAAAAGUUGAUUACCUUUUUGGGAAUUAUUGUGUUAUCAAAUCUCAGGAUGCUUGCUGUUUCUCAGUCUGCAUUAAUCUUCUUGUCUGUCCAACCGAUCUCCACACCCUACACCAAAAGGCUUGGAUAUUUUAGAUCUUCAAAUUCUUAUUGUACUGGGUUUUCAGGUUAUCCGAGUACUCACUCCAGUAUAUUCUGCUCACCUUCCACACAAUCCCCUUCCAUGGAGGCUCCUUUGGAUUCUGAUCCUGGUAGCCAUGACAUACAUCAUGCUCACAAGUCUAAAGGUGAUGACUGGAAUGGGACUACAAAAGCAUGCAACUUGGUACGUGAAUAGGUGUCGGAGACGAAAGCAACAUCUUCACACUGAUUGAUUUAAAACGAGGAAGAGGGAUGUCAUAUGAAAUCAUGCAUCAUUCAUUAGCUGUUCAUCUUUGAAUGGUGGGCAUUCAUCAAUCGAUGACAGAUACUGGAAACCAGUGAGGUUCGUUUGUUACAACCCAGAACAGCUACUGUCCAUGAUGUAUGGACCAAUUUUGCUGUAGAAAAACAUGAAUUGAGUGGCUUAACAGCAUUAGUAUACAUAGUAAGGUUUCUACUUUGGAAAGUUUCCCCAAACCAUGAAAUUGUCUGCCCCGAUUCUCACAUCUAUAGUUGAGGGCUUCAAAAUAGAUUCAAGUCACCAAAGAUGGUAAUAAAAAAUAUAGUCUGUU